CAAUCUCACUCACUCUCCAGAGUAAGACCGAAAAAGCCUCCAUCAACAUGGCCAGCACCUUCUCUGCCCACACUAGCUUUGCAUCUGGAUCCAUGGUCGGAGGAUCCAUGGGAUCCUCGCGUAUGUCUAUUGGUGGUGGAGGAGGAAGCCGAGUCAGUGCAAUGAGGGCUGGAAGUGUCUAUGGUGGAGCAGGAGGGUCUGGGGUUCGCAUCUCCCAAGCCUCUCGGUCCUUGUCCUUUGGUGCAUCUGGAGGCAGUGCUGGUGGAGGCUUCAGCUCUGGUGCAGGUUUUGGUGCAGGAUUUGGAGGUGGCGCAGGAUUUGGAGGUGGUGCAUGGUACGGAGGUGGUGCUGGGGAAGCGGACAGUAGCAUCAUCGGCAAUGAAAAGUUCACCAUGCAGAACCUCAACGACCGUCUGGCCUCCUACCUGGACAAGGUGCGCUCACUGGAGAAGGCCAAUGCAGAUCUCGAGCUCAAGAUCCGCCAGUUCCUAGACAGCAAGACCUCACCUACUGCACGCGACCACUCUGGCUCCUUGGCUACCAUCAGUGAGCUCCAAGCCAAGAUUCUGGAUGCCAUUCAGUUGAAUGGUACUGUCCACCUUAGCAUUGACAAUGCCAGCUUGGCUGCAGAUGACUUCAAGAUGAAGUAUGAGAAUGAGUUGGCCAUGCGUCAGUCUGUUGAGGCUGAUAUUGCUGGACUGAGGAGGUUGCUGGAUGAUCUGAACCUGACCAAGAAAGAUCUCACCCUGCAGAUUGAUGCCCUGAAUGAUGAGCUGAGCUUCCUCAAGAGGAACCAUGAGGAGGAGCUGCUAGCUGCACGCGGCCAGAUGAGCGGACAGAUUCACGUUGAGGUUGACGCUGCACCACAGCAAGACCUCACCAAGGUCAUGGAAGAAAUCCGCGAGCACUAUGAAGCCGUUGCUGCCAAGAGCCAGAGAGAGCUUGAGGGCUGGUUCCAGACAAAGUCUGAGACCCUGAAACAGGAAGUUGCUGCCAGCACUGAGACUCUGGCCGUCUCCAAAACAGAAGUGAACACCGUUAAGAGCACUUUGCAGUCUUUGGAAAUUGAGCUCCAGUCUCUGAUGGCCAUGAAAGGCUCCCUUGAGGGAACACUGUCUGAGACUCAAGCCCGUUAUGCCAUGCAGUUAUCAGGAUACCAAGUGCAGGUGACGAGUCUGGAGGAUCAGCUGGUGCAGCUUCGUGCUGAUCUGGAGCGUCAGUCUCAGGAGUAUCAGAUGCUGCUGGACAUCAAGACCCGACUGGAGCUGGAGAUCACUGAGUACAGGAGGCUGCUGGAUGCUGAGGCCAGUGGCAGCGCCUCGAUUUCCUCCACCAAGACCUCCACCAACAAAACAGCAAUCAUCACCGUGGUGGAAGAGGUGGUUGAUGGGAAAGUCGUCUCUACCUCCUCUACAUCUCUUACUAAGUAAUGAAAGAUGAACUGGAAUUGUGUUUAUUGGAGUAUAAUUCACCAAGCAUUUCAGUUCAAAAAUAAAACAUUUUUAAUCAUGA